AUGGCAAAGUCAGAUGUACAGAAAUGUAUGGAUUGGUUAUUUCAACAGCAGGGGGAAAUGGAAUUAGCGUCGUAUGGUAAGGGUAGUAAUGGUGUUUUAGAAGCAGUGAAAAAACAAAGAUUAAAAGAUCGUGAGAUAAAGGAUUUCAGAAAUAACAUUCACAAAGCCCUUGCCAAAUAUGAUCCCAAAAAUGGAGAAACAAUACAAGUCAAUGAUAAUUAUGAUUCGGUUGAGGCCUUGUCGUCAAAGAGAUCGGCUUGUUUAGAAGUAAUUUCACAAAUUGCCUCCCUUGAAGAAUUAGUACAGGAUAUGUCAACAGAGUUUGAUUCUAGAGCAGUACAUCUUGUUAAUAUUGGGGAGAACAAUAAACUAAAAGGUGCUAGAAGCCAAACUAAUGAAAGCUUAGCUAGAGCAGCACAGAACUGUAUUACUGCUGUUAGACAGAACUGGAAAUGGGUUAUUAGUACUAUGCAAUGUGCUGAGGUCCAUGGAAGAAAUGCUGCAGCUUACCAAGAGUUUUUCCACGAGGUAGAAGAGGCUGAAUAUUGGAUGGAUACAACAUUAUCUAGAAUACAUACAACGUUUGAUAAGUCCAAGUUAAAUGGUGAUAGAGCUGAUGUUCAAGCUAUAAUGGAUGAAAUGAAGGAUGUGUUAUUGGCUUAUCUACAAUGGCAAACGAAAGUUGAUACCCUGUUUAAUCGUAGUAAAGAUUUAGUUCCAGUACCACAGAGAUUGAAUAAAGUACAAGAACCACGUCCAGUCAUAGCUCUUACUGAUUUCAACACUAAUGAGAUUUCCUUCUCAGAAGGUGAUACAUUAACUUUAUUAGAUAAUAGUGAUAAGAAAUCUUGGAGGGUACAAAAUAGUGGAGGUCAAGUUGGUAAAAUACCUUCUGUUAUUUUAUUGUUACCAGGCCCUUCUGGUCCAGCUAUUGACGCUGCUAUCAGAUUACGACUGCAACUGCUAGCAUUAUGGACAAACAGUGUCAAACGAUUAGGGUACCAAAUGAUCGCCUUUAUGUUACUUGUCUUCCGUGAUUGGAACUCAGAAGAAAUUUCUGCCUUACAAGCCAUGUCGAAAAAAGAUAAAGCUGAAUUAUUAAGAAUAAUGAAAUAUUUGGAGGACACACUACUUAAGAACUGGGAUGGUUAUGGAGAUUUUGAAGAGUUACAGGAAAGAAUCAAUAGACUUAGAACCAUAAUAGAGGAAUCACCUGAAGCUGCACAAUCUGAUUCAUCCAGUGUAUCUACAGUAGUUGUACAGAUAAAAUACCUAGAACAAUUACUUACUAAAUAUCAGGAUUUCUGGGCCUACUGGGAAACCAAUAAAUCAGUAGUAGAAUUAUUACGACAACCAAAAUAUCUGUUAGUUUGUGAUAAAUGGGAACAACUUCGAUAUAUUACAACCGCCCACUUUGUUACGUUCUGGGAUACUAAUCUUGGUAUUGAAGACUUUUCCAAACAACGAAAAGGAGUUCAACCAGAGAUUGAAAAACAACAAGCUUCCUUAGCUCUUCAUGAAAAACCAAAAGAGCAUAUGACACCAACAAUGGAAGUGGAAGAGGAAUGGACAAUGAGUACAGAAUAUGAAGAAACCAUCACUGAUCAAGUUCAGACGUCGGUAGAGGAAGAGCAACACACAUUUGUUAUAACCGGAGUUGUUGAUGCCAAGACUGGAGAACGACUAACACUACAACAGGCUGUUAUGAUGAAUAUAGUAGACCAAGCUAGAGGAACUUACUACAACACAAAGACAAGACGCACAAUACAAAUGAGUGAAGCCAUGAACGAAGGUCUGAUUAUAAUGGAUUUCAUCUCCAAGAAGAAGAUUAGAGAGGAGAAGAAAGAGUUUGGAUUAAUUACUGUUAAGGUGACAAAAGAAAACCGUCCUUACACCAUUCUUGGUGUUCUUGACCCUGCCACUGAAGAGAAACUGAGUGUAUCAAAGGCUGUAGAAAAGAAAAUACUUAAUACCAGAGAAUCAACCUACAAAACAGAACAUGGUGAAAAGAUGUCCAUUGCUGAUGCUAUUUCUUCUGGAUUAGUUCUUGUAGAAUACCACAAAGCUCAUGGUAAUGAAAAACCUGUCGUAGAAUCCAAGACUUACGCUGUAAAUGGUGUGAUAGAUCAAAAGAACAAACAAAAGGUUCCAUUUGCUGAAGCUAUUAAAAUCGGAAUAUUAGACAAAGAUACUGGUGAAUACACAAAUAAUGCAACAAAAGAAAAGGUCCAUGUAACUGAAGCUAUAGUCCGUGGGUACAUAAAAGCUCGAGUUGUAGCUGAUGCUAAUGCUAUAGACAUUGAUCCAGAAAAUAAAAUAGUAGUUGAGAAGAAAGAAAAUAUGAAGGCAAAACUAGCAGCCGUCAGUGCUUUUAAACUUGGCAAGCAUUAGAAUUUUUGUCCAUCGUCCAUCGUAUAUCGUAUUACUCUAGACAUAAUGUACGUUCAGGAACAGAGUCUUAAAGGGUGUAAGAGGUAUUCUGGCCUAUUUAAGUGUAUACAUAGUAUAAUUUCAUUGGCACCAUUCCCAUAGCAAAAAAAAAAGAACCUAUGAGUUUACCAUAUUAUUAUACAUAGGUUAGAAACCUUUUAAUGAACCCUUUUCAGAUCAAGCGUUGCAAUCGAAAUGUUAAGUCUCGUCCAAAGAGGUUAAGAUGUUUCCAUGAUUGAAUGAAACGAUGACAUGUUAUUUCCAAUUUCAAAACUAUCUAUUUGUUUAUUACUUUGAAUUUUCUUUAAGAUUUAUGCAAUACACAUUCCUUGCCUUUGACUUUUAUUUUCAUGUAUAAUAUAGUUCACAGUUUCAUGUACUAGAUUGGUAGAAAAGGGUCUUAUUCCCCAUUCUUAUUGUAUUUCUGUGUCCAUUAGAAGCUAUCGCUGUCGCUGUCGUGACGUUCUAUAUUGAAAUAAUUCAUUUAUCAGAGAACAGGCCUCGCAACUGAAUAGUUCUUCUUCGAUCUCAUUUUUCUGCACUUUCAUAUACAUAGAUAUAUAAGCUGGUCAGAUCUGCAUAAUAUUGUAAAAACCAUCUAUUCGGGAAUUCUGUAAAAUACAAAAAUAAUCUGUACAGUUUCUGCCUUUCUGGUGCGUAAAAGGACUCUUAUAAUGCAUUUCUAUUGUUUGUUAGUUAGAAAAUAUUAUAUAAUAUUAUGUUAAUAUAUUCAAAAUAACGUCAUUAUAUUUUAUUAUUUGAGUAUUCUAUCACAAUGUUAUCAAACAAAUUUUAUAUUUUUUACUUCAAUAAACUUAUUGUUUUUUA